ACUGCCCAACCAUAUCAUUCGAAACAACGUCGUAUACGUCUAAGCAAGUAAGCCAGUAAACACAGUGAAGAUGAAAACAAUACGAGUACUUCAAAGUGUGUGUAAUCAGAUGGAAGAAUCGCAAGAGAUAUUAUUGAACUCACUGGCAAACGUCGGAGUACCGAUUUCGCCGGAGAUUGUUUCCGUUUCCGAUCUAACGCCGGAAUCCUUUAUUUCAGUCUGCGCUCACUCUCUGCGCAUAAUUUCCAAAUCGGAAUCGAUUCCGAUCAGUUUACCGGAAUCAAUGGCCGAUCGUUUCAAGUUCUGUACCGAUUUAGCCUCGUCGUUCGAAAACCUAGGUUUCAUCGGCGACAUUAGCUUCCAUAAGUUCCUGUAUCCAUCUGAAGAAGACAUGUAUAAGUUGAUCAGAUUUUUGGUUGGGAGGCUCUCUGAAUCGUCCCAUACAGUAAACAUAGAGAAUUUUGAAAAAUCUACUGCCGAUGAAGGACGGGAUUUAAGUAUGAAAGUUGAGCGUCUAAAUGUGAAAGCUGAAGAAGAUGUGUCGAGUUCAAUCCGAAAUGGGGAAGCUGGUGAUGUUGGAUUAACUGGUGUGGAAAACGGGGGAGGUUUAAUAGAGGGCGCUCAGUAUUCAAAAAAUUCUAUCGGUGAAAAGGGCGGGAUGAUAUCUCAGAAAGGCGGUGAAUAUAAACUUGAGCAGGCACCAAUGUCUUUUAAGGAGAAUCCAUCUCAGAUGAGUGACACGUCAGAUUCUUCAGUAAAUCAAGUAUAUGUGCUUUCGAAUGAUGUGACUGCAAAAUCAUUAGAGUUACAGCAACUUGAAGAGCAACAUGAUUUGUUGAAAGCUGCAGUGGAAAUGGCUUGCAAUGAACGAAACCCUUUGGAUUCAUAUAUUAAACAGCUCAAUGAGAAAAUAGAUGUAAAGAGGGAUAACCUUGCAGAACUGGAGUCAAAAUGCUGCAUCUACAACAGGAAAGCCAUCAUGAUACCUUUAGAACAGAGGAAAAGAAAUCUUGAAACAGCUAUUUUUGCAAAACAACCAGAGUGGAAAAAACUUGAGAACGACUUGGAGUCUGUAUUGUCUGAAACAAAGAAGAGGGAGAAGGAACUUUCCAAUCUAUCAACAGAAAUUGAGAAACUACCCAAAUUGGCAACACGGAGAUCUUACAUUGAGCGAAUAAAAGAGAUCACUAAGAACAGUCGGAAGCAGGAUAUUGACAUAGAACGUAUUUUAAAUGACACUCGGGAGCUUCAAUUGGAGAGUAACAUGAUUCAAGAACGCCUACAUCGAACUUAUGCUGUGGUAGAUGAAACACUACUGAGGGCGGCAAAGAAGGAUCAAGUAGGGGAGCAAGCUCACAUCAUUCUGACAACCAUCCACGAGAGUUUUGAAGAAAUUUCAGAAAAGAUUCUUGUGACUGAUAGAGCUCAGAGAGAAGCAGCGGAUCUUGAAGACAAGCUUACUCAUAUUGUUUCCGGAAGUUUGAACAUGGACACACUACAAGCAGAUCUUGAUGCCAUUAGAAAGGAAAACGAAAUUCUUCAAUCUCGUUUGGGUAAUCCUUAAAUCUUUGAACCUCUCUAGUCACCCAAAAACCUCACUUUAUAAAGAACGAAUUAGGAUAUACAUAGAUACUUGAACUCUUUUGAAAGACCAUUAUGAAUUUCAUGUGUUUUUUUUUCCAAUACCCCGGUCAUUGGCUAUUUAAACUAUGUAUAAUGUACAUUUGUACAAGCAUAAGUUUAAAAUAGGAAACAGUAGCUACGUUAGUGUA